CUUCUGUGUUGAGAGGUAAUAAAAUACCAAAUGGAUCCAAAUGUAUUUUUGAAGUCUAAGCACAUUAAAUUCUUUGAAAGAUGUCUUCAGAUAUUACCUGAGAGAUAUUCUUCGUUAGACAGUAACAGAAUGACGAUUGCCUUUUUUGCCUUGUCCGGACUUGACAUGUUGAAUUCAUUACAUGUUAUAGAGAAAGAUAAAAAGGAGAUUAUCGAUUGGAUCUAUUCAUUACAGCUUCUUCCUACAGAGGAUGAUUCGAACUUAAGCCAGUGUGGAUUCAGGGGUUCCACAACGAAUGGAAAUGCUUUCGAUACAGAAAAGGCAAGACUGCAUCCAAUACAACUGGACAGUGGCCACAUUGCUAUGACUUACACUGCCCUGGCAUCCCUCCUCAUCCUUGGAGAUGACCUUUCUAAGGUCAACAAGAGAGCUAUAGCAGCAGGCCUGCAGGCAUUACAGCAGGAAGAUGGCAGUUUCUGCUGUGUACCAGAGGGCAGUGAGAACGACAUGAGAUUUGUCUACUGUGCUGCCUGUACUUGUUAUAUGAUUAAUGAUUGGAGUGGUAUAGACACGGAAAAGGCUGUAAACUUCAUCAGAAAUAGCCAGACUUAUGAAGGAGGAAUAGCUCAGGGACCAGGACUGGAAGCACAUGGUGGGUCGACAUUCUGUGGUCUGGCUGCACUGGUUUUGAUGGAGAGACUGGAGGAAGCCUUUUGUGCUAAGGAGCUGAAGCGACUACGGUGGUGGUGUAUAGCUCGACAGCAGACAGGUUUUCAGGGCCGACCCAAUAAACCAGUGGACACUUGUUACUCGUUCUGGGUUGGUGCUAGUCUAAAGCUGCUCAAUAUGUUUAAAUUAAGCAAUGCAGACUUUAACCGAGGGUUCCUCAUGUCGACACAGCAGGCCAUUACUGGAGGGUUCUCCAAGUGGCCUGACCAUUCACCCGAUGCACUCCAUGCCUACUUCGGAGUAUGUGGGAUGUCUUUAUUAGGAGAACCCGGAGUACAGAAAAUGCAUGCUGCAUUAAACCUAAGUAAAACCACGGCGCAACAUUUGCAUAAUAUACACAAACAGUGGCACUAGGAAUUUGACAUGUUUUUUUUCUUCAUAUUAUGAAUACAUUUUAAUUUUCAAAUCCAUCGGGUCCAAAUCCUGGCAUCAAAUUUUUUGUUCUCUUUCCUUUUUCAUGUUCCUUUGCAUAAAUUCAGGAUUCUGGACACACAUUAUAUGAAGGGGAUAGAAAAUUUUAACUCUCAAAGAAAACCAUUAUCUAGAAAAUGUUCACUCUUGAAGAAAACCAUUGUCUGAUGGAUGUGUUUAAAUCUGUAGUAUAACUUUUUUUUACAGUAAUUUAAAAAAAAAAACAAAAACAAAAAACUCGUCAGACAUAUUAAAUGCACCUUGAGAAAUGUGCUUAUUCAUCUGCUACAACUUCAAUAUGUAAAACCAUUGUACGAUAACAGUCCCGAUGUUACAGAAAGAUGUACUCAAUGACACCACCUUGGGAGAAGGUUCAUUCUACAGUUGUCAUAAAAAUCUUACAAUAUUUCAAAUUAUGUACCAGAUAUUCUUGUAUACAUUUUUUUUUUUUAUAUCUAAGCAUAUUUUGUACUUAAAUAUUUAUUUAGAAUUGACUACAUUUUAUAUGGAGAUCGUGAUGUAUACACGACAGUUAUUUAAAUUGUUUAGCUGUAGAUGUUGGUUCAACACAGAGGAUGUCUGUCUGUUUUGUGUCUAUGCCACUGACAGUUGUCUCCCUUGGUACAAAUUCUCACAGUUUUGCAUAAAAUCAAAUGUUUUUUCAAAAUGUGCUUAUACGCGUACAAACAGUUCAUCACAUGUUAUUUAUGUAUAGCCAAAUACCCCGGUAACAAUAUUUAUUAACACAAAUAUAUGUAGUUGUCUUUAUUCUUCAUUCUGUACCCAGCUAUUUUUCCUGUAAAUGCGAAUUUGUUAUAAUAUAAACCGAUUUUAGAAGGUAUACUUGUGUUCGAAAUAUAGGGGCAUUAAAGUGGUAUUCCUUCAUUCAGACAGCAGAAACAUGCAAAAUUGCUAGUGAUAAAAUUUGUGUCUGAACAAGGUUUAUAAGAGUGUUUGUGCCUACUGGUAAUGAAAUUAAUGCAGAAAUGUACAAAAAAAUGAUGAAUUGUACACAAAUACCGUCUAUUUUUGCGGAAUUAGUAACACUGCCGGGCAAAUUAAGAAUUUUUAGAAAUUUAUCCUGGAAGAACUUAGGUUUACUCUGUGAGUAAAACCGCCGUGUUAAUGUAAAGAUACAACUUUUACUACUUGGGAAAAAUAUAUUUUCCAUUUCGUUAUAUUUUGAUGACUUAUACUUUAUUCAAACGACGGAAUGCCCCUUUAAGAAAAAUCUAAAUUUAGAAUUUCCUGUUUUAUUAACUGGUUUUUCAUCUUCAUGCUCAUUUCUGGUAAUUCCUAAAUACACUUGCUGUUAAAUUCCUUUAAGCUGGGAAUAUGGAAUUCGGUACAAGUGUACACUUGAUAUGGGUUACCUGUUCACAUGUCUACGGUACAGUGUAGUCACUAAUUAGAAAUGCGUCACUUACUGCGACUUCAUGCAUAAUCUUCUCUCACCUACAGGUGUGAUGCUAAAUAAAUCUUCAUACUCAUUUCUACUGUACUUUAAUAUCUAGAAUGAAAUGACAUAAUGAAAAAGAACAAAGAAACAAUAAAAAGAUAAAAAAAAAAUGGUA